UCAAAUCCUGCGCCGCACCAAAUCCGGGACAAGAAUUUACCACACCUCUCAUCCAUCGGCCAUCGCGUUGCCUGCCUCGUGCUCCGACUCCCCCAGGCCCACCAGUCCACCACCCCCACCCCUACUUCUCCUCUGGACACUGGUCUUCCACCCCACGCCACGCGCUGCUACUACGCCGCAGACCUCCGCCGGCCGUCGCUUCUUCCACCACACCGCCACCAUUACUGCCGGCCCUCAGCCACCUCCGGGCCCGACGAGACGAGCAAGCCAGGGGCCAGGGGAGGGAAGGCGACGCCUAGCCUACCCUAGCCACGCCCCCGCCCCCCUGCGCGCCAUGCCGCGUGACCGCUCGCCGACGGCGGAGCGCCGGCGGGGGAUCCGGCGCCUGCUCCUGCACCCCCGGGGCGAGGCCUCCUCGUCCUCGCCUCCGCCUCCCCCGCGCCCGCCGGUGCCGGCGCAGGAGGAGGGGAGGCGUAAGGGGUUCGCGUCGGCGGCGCUGCGCGGCCUGGGCUGCGCGUCGUCGGCGGCGUCGCAGGCGUACGCGCCCGGGGCGGCCGCGGCGGCGACGGCCGUGCGGUCGUCGGCUGACUGGCACGGCGGGCGUCGGCGGCGGAGGGGCAAGGACAGGAGGAAGGACCGUGGCGCGGGCGGCGGGGGAGGAGGAGGAGGAGGCGGAGGCUUCGUCACCGGGGGGAUCGGCGCCGACGUGUGGUGCGCGCCCGGGAUACCCUUCGCCGCGGAGGCGUCCUCGGUGGACUGCGUGGUGGCGCGCCACCAGAUGGUGGGGAGGGGCGGUGGCCGCGGCGCCGACGGCGACAGGCCCCACAGAGAGCGGCCGUGCCUGUCCCGGAGGGCGUCCAUGCAGGAGCAGAUAUCCUCGUCCUUCAUGGACUCGCCGCCGCCGCCGCACCUCGACGCUCCCUUCUUCGGCGCCGAUCUCAUCCCCUCCGGCCGCCUCCGCCGGAUGCGUGGGUACCGCCACUCCCCCGGAGGCCUCGAGGAAGAGAUAAUGAUGUUUCAGACAAGAGUGUUACUGGGAGGAAUGAACAUGUAUGAUCGCUACCAGGAUUGGCGCCUUGACGUUGAUAACAUGACAUACGAGGAGUUGCUCGAGCUUGAAGACAAAAUUGGAUACGUCAACACAGGGUUACGGGAGGAUGAGAUUACUCGCAACCUUAAGAAGGUCAAGCACCCAUCCUUCAGUUCCUUCCGGUUCGCAACAGAAAUGGAAAGGAAAUGCAGUAUUUGCCAAGAAGAAUUCGAAGCAAAUGAAGAGAUGGGAAGGCUAGACUGUGGCCAUAGCUACCAUGUCUACUGCAUCAAGCAGUGGCUCUCUCAGAAAAACACUUGCCCAGUUUGCAAGACUGCCGUUAGCAAGAAUUGAAAUCCAAACUCCAGGCACGGCGUCGGUAGAUCUUGGUGGAAACGGCAAAUUCUUUUGUCCUGUACAGCCCGUUAUAUAUAUUAUUAUUGUAUAAACACAAUCCAUUCGUUGCAUCUCGCAGAUAAAAAAUGCCACGUUUUGUUCAUUUUCCACCAAACUAUGGAUUCUGAUACCCUCUUAUCUAGGGUGAUUAGGAAAAGGUUUUGCAGUAACAGUUAGGACGAGCCUUUGCUUUCAUAAUGUAUCUAGGCUCUGUUUGGAUCUCA